UGCAGUGAUGGAUGAGCUCAGCUGCCCCAGUGCAUUGUGGGGGAGAGAGGGUGUGAAGGUACUCGCGCUCUAUUCGCUCCUAGCUGUCGUACACACAUCCCAUGCCCAGCCUCCCCUCCCUCUCUCCCUCCCGGCCAAAAUCGUUGUCCCCCCUCCCUGGCACGCUCUGCCCCUGUUGCAGGCUGAUCUGGGCUCACUGUUCUCCAACUCCAGCCCCUUCGCCUUCUCCCAGUCCCUGCUCAUGGUGCCUCCGGCUGGGGAAGCCUCCAAAGCGGGGGUCCGGGCUUCAUUCGGGCCUUACUCUGUCAGCCAGCUGGUCUCUGGGCCCAUCCUCCCCCUCUCCCCUUCUCUGUCUGCGUCUCUCCUCUCUAAACACGUGGAGCGAGAGAAGGAUGAAGGAGGAAAUGAGAGGUAUAGAGUGCGGGUGUUGUUCCAUGUACGAGGAGACACCAGCAGAGGGAGCUGUAUCACCCUCCACGCCUUCAAAGAGACCGAGGAGCAGAAGGCUUCGUGUAUCACACAGCCUCCAUUGGGUCUGUGUGUGGUGACCCUGGCCCUACCUAAGGACUGGUUUGAGGCGGACCAGACCAGCCAGCCCUACCUCGGCCCCAACCAGCGUGCCAGGCACACACACCGACACCGCACCCGUAAUCGGGGACGACGGCACGAGGGUGUUGUCGUCGGUGGAGCCGGUGGCAUCCCCUUCCCAGGCGCCCUCAGAUACAGCCCCGCCCACACCGGAGACCACAUCCAGUUAUACUACUCAUUGUUCGGCACAGCGUCCAACAUCAAACUAGCACCCCCUAGGUGUGUGGAAGACAAAUUUCCACAGUCUCAGAGACAGUUGAUUUAUAUAGGAGCUGUGACUCUGAGGGAGUACAAUAAGGGGAACGAGGCCAACAGGACCAAAGAGGAAAUAGACUGUUGCAAUGGACAGGAAGAGGAGGAGCUUAGGUUGGAUUCCAACGUGCUGAUUCGCUAUCGCAGGGGACCGGUCCGCACGGGACAGCCAAUAGGGAUUUCUGUGAACCUGAGGGCCAAUUUCAGUGCAGAGUUUGUUGUUAUCCGACUGAAGGUGAAGAAAGGCCUUUUGUCUCUGGUUGCCCAGCGCUCUCUGAACUCUGAUCUCUGGGUUGUGAACCUGGAGAAAACCCAGGGCUCCAAACAUGACGUCAUCUCCAUCAUCUGCCACAAACUGGCGGAACACAUGGACAGCGACAGUUCCGCUGCUCUGCAGCAGGUUGCCUGUCUGUCAGUGGACGGCUUGCGAAGGAGUUUCGGGGUUGCCAUGACUGUAUUGGCCAGCUGGUGGGUGGAGUACUCAGACCGUAAUAACCCUCCGCCACCACACGGCGGAGUAGUGAGUAGCUUCUCCUUCACUGACAGAGAGAUUGUGGGCAUCUCUCCCAUAACUGAGAGUGGCAUGAUCAUCAACACGGCCAUCUUGACCAGCGAGCCUGUGUCACUUCCUGUCAUUGUGCUGGCAGUGGGGCAUGAUGGGAAGGUGUCUGAUAUCACCGCGGCGGUGAAGUGUCGUUCGUCCAACGAUGAUAUCAUCAAGGUGUCAAGCGAUUGCUCAACCCUCUUCGUCGACGGAAGUGAAUCAGGGGUGGGCAGCACCUGCGUAGGGGUGGAGUUUCUCCUGGGCACGCUCAGUGGUUCCCUAUGUCUGUCCGUGUGGGCACCUGUCGUCCCACUGCGCGUCUCACUGUCCGACAACGAGCUGAGCGCCAUCGAUGGCUGGAACCACUACACGGAGAACGGCUGUUCACCAGUGUAUCAGAGGUCCAUGGUUCAGGUUCUGACCCAGUUCAGUGCUCAGGGUGGCCAGGGUCAGCUGACCUACCUGCUGGGCUCCUCUGAUUGGUUUGUGGAUGCCACAGAGUUGGUCCGUAAUUGGCUGAGGGUAGGGAAUCCUCGUGUGGCGGUCCUCGACAAGCAGAGCAAUCUAAUUGGUCUACACCCGGGGAAAACUUCAGUUCAUGUCAUAUCAAGCCAAUGGGACGGUGUGCUGGGUAGCUGUGAUGUCAUUGUGACCUCUGAACCCGUGACCCCUGGUGACCUCUCAGUGCAGGUUGUGGGAGGACUCGGUAUGUCAAUCAAUGCAAGCCCUGCCCACCCUGCUGUUGUCACAGCAACAGUGACCGCAUACAACAUUCUCUACAACCAUGGGCAGGAAGCGUCCAUCAGUGUCUGGCUCCAGUUCAGUGAUGAUAGCGCCACGUUGCUCUCCGCCUUCAGCCGUGGUACCUUCGCCCUGCGCCUCUCCUCAUUAGCAGAGACCGUGGUCGCCGUGACGCCCGGCCCGUCGCUGCGCGUCGUCGCCCAGGGAGAAGGGGGCGGGCCUUUACUGAAAGCAGAACUUCUGGUCACCACCUGCAAGCCAAUGGCGAAGUCCGUCGACGGGGACCUAGCCAAUCCGAAGGAAGGAAGCGGGACCAGGAGGCUGGCUAAAGGAUCUGGUUGGAUCAGGGUGAAUCUGGACUCUGACCUUCGUCCAAUGGGGAGCGAGGAGUCGAACUUGGAGCUGCUCAACAUUUCGGACAUGUUGAUGGAGUCAUCGGACAGGGAUGUUCAGUACAGCAACUUCCCGGACAAUGACAUCAUCAUAGGGAACGUCACUGCCGUCAGCGGUGACGACUACUAUGACAAGGCCGGCGAUGGGAUGAUCGCCAGGAACGACCUGGAGAGAGCGGUGUUGACCCCGAAUCACGAAGAGAGCGCGGUGUACUUCUCUCCCGGGGUGGAGCGAGAGAAGGAGGAGAAACUGGAGGACAAAGAGCUGGAGGUGGGUGUCGGGGCAGUUCUCUCCCUCCUCUGCCUCUCCGCACUUCUCUUCCUGGUGAAUUGUCUGCCCUGCGCUUUGAGGGAGAGGAGGAAGAGGAAGGACAUGAACGUGGAGGGGGUGGAGGGAGUGGUGGAGGAAGGAGAAGAGGAGGAGAAGGAGGAGGCAAAGGAGGUUGCAGAAAAGAACGAGAAAAUAACAUCAUACCCCCGGGUAAUAUCACUUCAUGAGACUACUACAGAAGAGAACGAGGGGCAGUCAGAUCAAAGCAUGGACCAUUAAGGCUGCAUCUGAAUAGGCACCCCAAUCCCUUUAAGAGCCCUGGUCAAAAGUAGUGUACUAUGUAGGGAAUACGGUGCCAUUUUAUUCAGGAGAGAAAGGUUGUUGAUAAAAAUCAACAUUCUUAGGACAAUUGACUAUAUAUUCCUGUCACUGUGUCACCAACAAUGUAUCUUAAUGUCUUACAAGGUCAUCUUCGUAUAGGCUAGUCUUUUUCUCAGUUAUUUCUUUCUGAAUGUUUGUCUAUCACACACAUACACUAACUAUCCAACAAAUAUGCGUGCAGAAACACGACUAUACAUAUAGUCUAUGCAUAUCUACGACUAUGCAUAUCUGCCAUAUUUAUUGUAUUGGUAUUAUUUCACAUUCAUCCAUGUACAAUUUGUCGUCAUAUCUUUUCGAUUUAGGGCUCAAUGCAAUCUGUAUCGCUGAAGUUCACCGCUACAUUACAAUUGAAUUUUAAAGGCAAUGUUCGCAGAGACUGAAUUCACUCACGGUAAACGCUGAAUAUGUCAGCUCAAUUGGAAAUGACCUUUACCUUUCAAGCACGCUGUAGCGCUGAACUUCGGUGAUAUGGAUUGAAUCAAGCCCUUAGGCCUAUUGACGGAAUAGUAUAGGGGUUGAAAAAUCCUGGUAAUUUUCCCAAAAUUCCCCGCCGGGAUGACUCCCAGUUGAAGGAUUCCCACAUGCUUAUUCCCUCCUGAUUCCAGAUAUUCUCCAACUGGGAUUUCUGUAAGAACUGGGAAUUUAGGGCAAGUUACUGGAAUUUGCAACCCUAGUCCUGCACAUUCUAGUUUUCUGGUUGAUCUCCUAAUCAACCAAACGGAAAACUCACUUGUAAAUAGACAUUAUAGAAUAACUCAUGUGAAACAUGUUAUUCUCCUGCUUGGCAAAGGUUGUCAAUGAAUUUAAAAUGAUUUCCUAACAAUGAAAUAUUUAUUUUUUGUAUUUGAUUUAGUGAUAAUUAGGAAAAAGUUUGAUUACUUGAUCAACCUUUUUUUUUUAGUCUGGUCUAAUUUAUCAGUCAAUCUGUCCAGAGUUUGUGUUUGCAUACUGAUGUGAUUGUGCCUAGAGGUAUUUGUCUGAUCUGACCAGACCUCCAGCCAAGUGUCUGGAGGAGAGCGGUCUGGCCUAUAUGGCUGGCCUAGAACUGUCAUGUAUCCAGCUACCUCCAAUUGAUGCUGAAUGACACAGAGCACUCGGUUCCUGGCAGUCUUCUCAAGCUAGUUCGACCCCAUGCCGGUUGUCUGCUUCAGUCUCCAGGUGUUUCUUGGACUAUGGACCUGACCAGUAGAAGUCACAAACAGUGCUAUUUCCCACUCCCAUGUUGCCCCCUAGUGUGAAUAAGGAGUGGCUCAAAUGUAAGGCUCUCACCUCAUAUGUGUGGAGUUGUAGGUUUGAUCCCAGGUAGAGCCUGUGGUUGUGUUGACACUGAUGAUUGAUGGACUGUGACAACUAAUGAGGGUUUCAUAUUUGAGGUUCCCCUUCCUGUGAACACCAGUGGUGCUGGAGGGGGAAACUUCUGGAAAGAGUAGACACUUAGACACUUUUUUUUAUUUUUUAUACUACCUUUCCUUGGGUUUCCCUUCAUAACCGCUGCUGGGGACUGUUCUGGAACCACAGGGGGAAUCCCAGGAUUUAACCCACCAAUCCCCGAUCUUUUUUUGUUUUAACACCCCCCUCCCCACUUUUCUCAGGCGGCUCUGAACCCACUCCAUGCCCAGCAUACUAUCAGUGUUGGAAAAAGUACUAAAUUGUCAUACUUGAGUAAAAGUAAAGAUACCUUAAUAGAAAAUGACUCAAGUAAAAGUCACCCAGUAAAUUACUACUUGAGUAAAAGUCUAAAAGUAUUUGGUUUUAAAUAUACUUAAGUAUCAAAAAUAAAUGUAAUUGCUCAAAUAUUCUUAAGUACCAAAACUAUCAAUCAGUUCAAAAUCCUAAUAUUAAAUGUUGUGGAAAUUCAACACAGGGACACUUGAAGUCAAUAUUAAAUAAAUCACUCUUUAAUUGUCAGCAAGCUGGAGAGGUCACAGUCAAACUUAGAUGCACUUUCAAACCCUUCAUUCUGGGUUACCCAAUCUAAUUAGUAACUGAUCCAAGCACAGGCAGGGAUCAGGGAUUAUUUAUGACAAAAAUAUGAACAUUUUCAAGGCUGUCCCUCCACACUAUACAUUUCCUUCACAUAAGCAAACCAGGUGGCAUACAUUUUUAUUUAUGGCUAGCCAGGGCACACUCCAACACUCAUACGCCAUUUACAAAUAAAGCACUUGUGUUUAGUGAGUCCGCCAGAUGAGAGGCAGUAGGGAUGACCAGGGAUGUUCUCUUGAUAAGUGUGUGAAUUGGACCAUUUUCCUGUCCUGCUAAGCAUUCAAAAUGUACUUUUUUUUUUUUUUUUUUUAACUUUUGGGUGUCAGGGAAAAUGUAUGGAGUAAAAAGUACAUAAUUUUCUUUAGGAAUGUAAAUAGUAAAGUAGAGAUACUCAACAACAAAAAACACUAAAGUAUUUUUACUUAAGUACUUUACACCACUGCAUACUACCUCAUUAGUUGCUUGGUGGGAGGCACCAGCAUUACCCUUUAAGCCACUCCAGAGCUCUAAUAUCAAGCGUUUGACCAUCAUCAGACUUGCCAGUCUUAACUUUGCAUGAGUGAGGCUUUGAACCCCCAUUGUCAGUUUGGAACAUGUAUUAUAUUUUUGUUCUGUGUAUUCAUUUGUCUAGGUGUAUUGCACUAGUGUUUAAGAUGGGAAUUAGGUAGUUUAAACCUCACAUUGCUGUAGCCACUAAAGAAAAGGUCACUAAAGGUCAAUUUGCCAUGGGCUUGAUGUGACUGACUGCUCGGGGAUUUAGUUAGAAUUCUUUUUUCACCACACCAGUCUAGCAAAAGCUCAUGUCAUAACAGUACAUUAUCAAUAUCAUAGAUCAGAGUUAUAUUUUUCUUAUAAAACUCACUGGAUAUGUUGGGAGCUUGCAGAUUGUGAUUCUGGACAGGACAUCUCUUUGAAACAAUUCAGUACAAGUCUAUAGCCUGUACCCACAUUUUAGGUAGGCUGUAUGCCUACAGUAGCCUUUAGGCCAGGAUCCCCCAACUGGUGCCCUUAACUAUUGCCCGUGCAUGGUUUUAUUUGGCUCCCCAAGUUUUCUGUGCAAAAAGUGAUUUUCAUUUUGGAAAUCUGUUCCCAAGUAUUCCCACCCAUAAUUGAAAUGUGAUCGUAUACAAAAUGUAAGCAAUGUUGGAAAUUAUUAUGUUUUAGUCAAAUAUAUCUGCUUGGGCUUCUUGCGGUCAAUUUGCAGUCUAGAAAUUGUAUGGAAAAAAAUUGGCGCGCGGCUGAAUGUAGUUGAUGAUCCUGCUUUAGACCGGUUCCCCCCACCCCCCCUUGAAUAAAAAGUAAACCAUGAAGCACUGCAUUUAUUGAUAUAGUGCGACAUGCUGCGUCACAUCCAAUAACUACUAUGAAGCAGCUUUCAUUUGCAAAGAAGAAAGACAGACGAUACGUGUUACAUUAACUAGAUUGUUGGACAAAAUAAUACAAUUCAAAUAAAAAAUGGUGGAGUCAUUUUGUACCUUGUCAGUUGCUCCCUUUAGAUUAGCGAUGUCUGGACUAUGGAGUCCUUCACUCAUUAGAUGAACUACGUGCAGGUGGUUAUGACCGGAGGUUGUUUAAGAAAUAAUUGCCCACAAAAUAUUCAAGUAUGAGCACGGAUUGGAGCAGGCGACCAAAAUCUAACGCAGAUCAUAAAACAACUUCAUUACUUACAGCGUGAUUCUGCAACAGACAGCAAAGACAGUUGACUAUCAUUUCCAAUGGAUUUUAUGCAAAUUAAAUCAAUUUCUUGAUUCUGGAUUAAUACAAGAAUUAUCCAUUUUAACCAAGAGCACAUUUGUUUUACAGAUUGUUUACAGAUCUAAAACAAGUCAAGUACAGAUGCAAAAGUGAACACAUUAUGGAAAAAUAUAUUUCUUUUGCACAUGCAGAUCCUUUUACACAUUAGAUGAUCUUAGAAAUGCUCUGUACAAAAUGGAAGUUAACAUGCUAAACAGUUGAUAAUAUAACAUAACAGCUAUGACCAGCUUCGGAGCAGUGCAACAUUUCUCUGUGAAAAAAAGUGUUGAUGUAUUUAUGCCCUCUUGUGGAUUCUUUGUGUAUGGCAUGUGCUAAGAUGAUUUCAGGUCGGCCUCCUUGCUUCAGCUUCAAGACAUGCGUCUUGAGGUAUUAGCCAUUUGAAUCUCAGUUUACAUGUCAGGUGUAUCACCAGUGGUACACAAAAUAAUAACUCAGCCUGUGAGCCUCCGGGAUAAGGUUUAAAGGACACGAGGCUACAUCUUCUCAUAGGUCAGUUCAUGUCCACAGGUGUUACAGACCUUCCUGUAGAGAUCCUCCUCUUCAUCCACUAGCUCCUCAGGGCCGUACUCGUGCUGGUGAGCACUGGUGUCCUUUGUCCACACGCUGCUCCUCACCGCACGGCGGAGCUCUGGUCACAACAGAGAAAAGAACAAUCCAAUAAAUGAUCAGUAACAGGUGUGUAGGAAUUAUUCAAUGAAGACAAAAAAAAAACCUGCACACCUGUUUGCCAGUAUCACUUGUGUUUUUGUGUUGACAGCCUUCUGACACGUAAGCGCAAUAACCCCUCCAAAAAAUGGCAAGCACAGCAGCUUUUUCAUUUUAAGUCAAUAAUGAGGAAAUAAAACAACCUGCUUUCUAUAAUCCA